AAGCUAAUAAUUGAUAGGGAAAGCUUCGACAAUAUCUAUCUUGAUCUUUCCAAGGAGUCUGGGAAGUGUCGUUUUGCUGAGACGGGUUUUGGUUGGAAGUCGAGCGGUGGAGGAGAAGCUUUUACACUAGAUCACAGCAAUAUCGGUGCCGCACAGUGGAGUAAAGCAGCCAAGGGAUUCGAAGUGAAAAUACUAUUGAGAAAUUCCGGUCUAGUUCAACUAGACGGAUUUUCCCAAGAGGACUACGACCGGCUUAGCAAAAUCUUUAAGAACUGGUACAGCACAAAUCUUCAACAUAAGGAACAUGCUCUCUGUGGAUGGAAUUGGGGUAAGGGCGAGUUCGGAAAGUCAGAGCUAGCCUUUAAUGUUCAAAAUCGACCUGCAUUUGAGAUCCCUUAUUCUGAAAUCUGCAACACCAACCUAGCAGGCAAAAAUGAGGUUGCCAUAGAAUUUAUGCUCCCGACCAGCAACAACGAAACGAAUCCAAAUAGCUCCUCGGAAAAUGCUCGUAUGAAGAGUAAGAAAGCAGGUGCUGGGACUGACCAGCUCGUAGAGAUGCGAUUUUAUAUCCCUGGCCAUACGACCAAAAAAGUUGCUGUAGACAGUGAAGAUGUUCCCAGCGCCGGUGAAGGAGGCGAGGAACAAAGUGCGGCAAAUCUAUUCUAUGAUACUCUAAUGGAGAAGGCAGAAAUAGGUGAAGUCGCUGGCGAUACUUUUGCCACAUUUUUGGAUGUUCUACACCUGACACCACGUGGACGUUUUGACAUUGACAUGUACGAAAAUUCUUUCAGAUUACGAGGUAAAACAUAUGAUUACAAGAUUCAAUAUGAACAUUUGAAGAAAUUCAUGAUAUUGCCGAAGCCUGACGAACUACAUUAUAUGAUCUGUAUUGGUCUCGAUCCCCCACUUCGACAAGGUCAGACAAGAUAUCCAUUCUUAGUCAUGCAAUUCAAAAAGGAUGAAGAAGUAACAAUCGACCUGAAUAUGACAGAAGAAAUGAUGAAGGAUAAGUAUAACGGUAGGCUUUCAUCGCAUUACGAGCAACCAAUACAUCAAGUUGUUACGCAAGUGUUCCGAGGCUUAACCGGCAAGAAAGUCAAUCAGCCAGCACAGGGAUUCACGAGUCACCACGGCCAGUAUGGCAUAAAGUGCUCAAUUAAGGCCAGUGAAGGAUUUCUAUAUUGUCUAGAAAAGGCUUUUAUUUUUGUUCCAAAACCGGCGACUUUCAUCCAGUUUGAUUAUAUUAAUCGCAUUGUCUUGUCUCGUGUUGGCGGCGCAAUAUCAGCAUCCCGGACAUUUGAUAUAACAAUUCAGAUGAAAGAAGGAACUGAAUCCCAAUUUUCAAACAUUAAUCGUGAAGAACAAAAACCACUAGAGGAAUUUUUCAAGAUGAAAGGACUGAAAACUAAGAACGAAAUGGACGAUGACAGUUCCGCCUUACUCGCUGCAGCACUCAGAGAGCCAGAAAUGGCAUCUAGUGAUGAUGAAGUGGUAACCACUCGUGUUGAAAGAGGCAGUGAGGAUGAUGACGAAAGUAUUGAUGAAGACUUCCAAACAGAUAGUGAAAGUGAUGUUGCAGAGGAAUAUGAUUCUGCCCAUGAGAGCGAGGGAAGCGGAUCAGAUGCUGAGGCACCUGAAGCAGAGAAAGAAAGACCGAAAAAGAAAUCCAAGACGAGUUAG